AUGUUCAAUUUGAGCAAAAACAUUUUUCUCUACCGUUUUCAAGCUCAAUGUUCAGCAAGCUGUGGAAUUCCUGGGGUUCCAGGAGUUCCCGGUGUACCUGGAGCAGCCGGAGGAGACGGUUUGAAAGGAGACGUAGGAUCUAAAGGAGAAAAAGGUGAACGAGGUAAUCCUGGUCCUUCGUUGAAAAAUGACACGAGCCUUUCAAGUUGGAAACAAUGUGCUUGGAAAAGAAACGAUGCUAAAGAUCAUGGAUUAAUUCAGAAUUGUGUAUUCACAAAAAGGUUUGACAACACUUCCCUUCAAGUGUUUUAUGGAGGAACAUUGCGAAUUUAUAGGUGCAAUGGUUGUUGCAAACGUUGGUAUUUUACUUUCGAUGGAGUUGAAUGUAACAACCCUUUUCCUAUUGAUGGAGUUCUUUACAUGGCCAAUGGAAAGUCACAAAAUAUCCUUCAAUAUUGUCACAUUGAAGGAUAUUGUAACAAAAUUCAUAAAGGAAAAGUGCAAGUUGGAUUCUGGGUCGGCAAUUGUGCUGGUUAUGGUAAUGCAGAUGCAGAGAGUGGAUGGAAUUCAGUUUCUCGUAUUGUUAUUAAAGAGGUUCCUCCUCCACAAGAAUAAUUCCUUUAUUCACUUUUCCAUUUAACUCUAUUUUAUGUUAAAGCUUCCGUUUAGUGAAAAAUUCAUGUGUAUUUUAUGACAAUAAUUCAGUUUUCUAAUUUUAACGAUUUGAGUAAGUCUAUUAUUUACUCCUCAAUGAAUAAUACUAUUAAUGCCAGAUAAAACGAAAAUAAGUUGAUUAAAAUUUUAAAUUCAAUCAUA